UCUUGUUGUUGUAAUCAUAGCGGAACUCUGCAAAGCGGAACUACUUAACUGGUGUGUGUUUGUAGAGACGAAUCGGUUAGUGUUUCGAGCUGCAAGAGGACUUUGUGAUUUAAAAAGUAUUCACCCACGAAUACUAAAAUUGAAAUGUAUGACUUGCUGCUGUAGUAGUUGUGUGGUGCAUAAGCGUUUGAUUUUGUAUUCUUAUUUAGCUAACUUUAUAAGCAAAUCACAAACCGGACGUAGGUCCAUCCUAUCCAUUCCCCCUGUACACGACCCACACUUAAUAGGUCCACAACAGCAUAUCGAAAAUUGGAUAUUCAGUGUGCGAAAUGAGCAGCGAAAUAAAGGCGGAGGAGACAGAAAUAAAAGGUGUGCACGAGACUGAAAUGGAAGUCAAAAAUAUGGAGGAGGAAACCGUAAAACAGGAAGAAGAAGAAGAAGAAGAAGAGGAGGAUGAGGAGGCACUUCCACAUUCUGAAUUUUUGGAUAUUUUUCAGGAAGGCUUGGCUCUGAUUGUACAGGACCCUCUAUUAUGUGAUCUACCGAUUCAGGUCACAUUGGAGGAGGUGAAUUCUCAGGUAGCUCUGGAGUAUGGCCAGGCUAUGACCGUGCGUGUGUGUAAAGCUGAUGGAGAGGUCAUGCCGAUCGUGGUGGUGCAGUCUGCUACUGUGCUGGAUCUGAAGAAGGCCAUUCAACGCUACUUGGAGCUGAAGCAGCAGCGUGAGGGUGGCAUCAAACACAUCAGCUGGAGAUACGUGUGGCGAACGUUUCACUUGGUCUUUAACGGGGAAAGGUUAGAGGACGACAAAAAGAAGCUGAAAGACUAUGGAAUCAGAAACAGGGAUGAAGUGACCUUCAUGAAGAAACUGAGGAAGAAAUGAACAUACUUAUAGAUUUACCCACAGCAUCCGCCAUCUAGACGACUCAGCUGAUCUAGGAAUAUGCAUACUGACAUUUAACCACAUCUUUUAAAUAUGUGGACCUUGUUCCUGGUGCCAUGACACAACAUUUCCCAGUCUAACGUUUCCUCAGUAAAGAGUCACAUUGGAGAGCCGCAUUUCUGACUAUAACCGCCUUCAGGAGCUUUAUUUUAUAAGGAAGUACAUUUUCAAAUACAUUUCUAUUUUUUUGUACUGUUGAAUCCGAAUCAUUCCUUGGACCAUGGACCAAAUCUUUUUAAGGUGCCUUUGAAGCUUCUGAGGUUGAGUACUCAUUUCUAUUUGUACAUAAGUGUUUUUUUUCCUAUUAAAACUCCAUCUUGUUUGUGUUUACGUUUGUUGCUGUUUUUUCCCUCAAAAUUGUUGAUUAGAUGCUCAAAAACAUCUCAUUGAGCUAGUUUGACUCUCAUUCAGCUGUCAGUCGUUCCAAUUGGCUUUAUUUGACGUUUUUGGUUAAUAUGGCAGCUGGUUUGCAAUGCUGAUUAUAAGCAGAGUCAGCAUCACAUUUCGUAAGUGUGAGAAAGCGAGACAGAGUCGAG